ACGGCGGGGCGCGGCAGACGCCGGGACGCGGCGCACGGAGGGACGCGGCCCCGCGCCCAUGGCGUUCGCGCUGCUGCGCCCCGUCGGUGCGCACGUGCUGUACCCGGACGUGCGGCUGCUGAGCGAGGACGAGGAGAACCGCAGCGAGAGCGACGCGUCCGAUCAGUCGUUCGGCUGCUGCGAGGGCCUGGAGGCGGCGCGGCGCGGCCCGGGCCCCGGGGGCGGGCGGCGGGCGAGCGGCGGCGGCGGCGGCGGCGGCGCGGGCCCGGUGGUGGUGGUGCGACAGCGGCAGGCGGCCAACGCGCGGGAGCGGGACCGCACGCAGAGCGUGAACACGGCUUUCACGGCGCUGCGCACGCUCAUCCCCACCGAGCCGGUGGACCGCAAGCUGUCUAAGAUCGAGACGCUGCGCCUGGCGUCCAGCUACAUCGCGCACCUGGCCAACGUGCUGCUGCUGGGCGACGCGGCCGACGACGGGCAGCCGUGCUUCCGCGCGGCCGGCAGUGCCAAGAGCGCGGUCCCCGCCGCCCCCGACGGCGGCCGCCAGCCCCGCUCCAUCUGCACCUUCUGCCUCAGCAACCAGCGCAAAGGGGGUGGCCGUCGUGACCUGGGGGGCAGCUGCUUGAAGGUGAGGGGGGUGGCCCCCCUCCGAGUGCCGCGGAGAUGAGCCUAGUCCCCUAUGGCAUUUGUUCCAAGCAGGACCCUGGAGAAGGAGGCCAGAGGUCAGCCACUGGUUGAACAGGGGAGAAGACCCCAGAGCCCAACCCAAACCACUUUCAAGUUGGGACCAGGGGGCAAGGGUCUGGGCCCAUGACCCUGUGGGCAGGCUCCCUGGGACAUCUCCACCGCACCCCAGAGAGCUGUGAGGACCCAGCCAGCCAGCCCCAGCCCUGGCUAGUCAGAGACAAGGCAGAGCUUUUGGAAAAACAAAGACUGUUGGUGACAGAGGAUGUGUGCAUAUCUGUGAAUGAGUGUGGGUGUGUGUGUGUGUGAGAGAGAGAGAGAGAGAGAGAAUUGGUGGGUUUAAAAUAAAGUAUUUUUAAAUAAAA